UUUUCCUCUAAUUUGGCGCGAAGUUGUUAUCUACUGUGUGUUGCUGGUGUUUUAGAAGAGCUAUUUGUCCAUUUGUGCUGUUUGGGUGUUAGUGAAGCCGGGACUGUGUGUGAUGCCGGGACAGUGUGUGUCUGGGACUGGGACUGGGUCUGCUGGCGCGCAGUCGAAACUCUGAAGUGGCUCUAGUAGUGACAGGCAGCGCGCGGCUCUCUUGACAGAUCGACUGCACUGCACUGCUGGUUGCGUUUGAGGCAGUGGGACAGACGGCUAGUCUCCCUCCACUCGCUGGAGCUCCCAGUGCCGCACUGACACACAGUCAUGUUGUAGAGCUGUAAUUACGCUCGUUUUAGAGCGAGGGAAAUUCUGAUUUUGAGCUCUGUGAAGGCUACCCAGAGCCGGGUCCAUGGUUCUACCCAUGGUUCUCGUGUUAACAGAGCCAGCAGCGCAGCAGCGCAGCCUCUCAUGUUAAAGCGCUCUGAUUUCAUGCUACUUUGUGCAACGUUCAAGUGUCAACACAGUGUGGUGGUGGCGUCGGCGGCUCGUGCGCGCUGUCAGACCAACUUUGCUGGCAGCAUGGUACCCUCAGGUUCACCGUGUCUUUAUGGCAGCAUGGUGGCUUCACGUUCACCGUGUCUUUACUCCGCUCCGACGGUUAAUGGAGCGCAAAAGGCGGCGCCGAACGAGCCCCUGUGUUACCGUAACAUUGUAGCGGAAACAUUAGUGCUGAAGGGUGUGUGUGCGUGUGCGUGUGUUUCCACGGUAGAGGCUACAAGACACGUCGUCGCACUAAGUUGUGUUUCCACUGUCUCCACUCCGCUGCAUGCUGAGCUCCAGAGCUGCUGCCACCGAGUGUGAAGGUGUUACUGAGAUGCGUUCAGAGUUGCUGCAAAGUGUUGCCUUAUUUCUGUCACGGAGUUUCGGUUAGACAGUUACAGUUCGACUGUUUAGGCCCAUCAAAUAACCUGAAAACAAGAGAGAUAUUGAGGAGCUACUAUUUGGGCUGACAAAAAUGUGUGUGCUGUCAUUUGAAUGAGCUACUACUCUGAUAGGCGCCGGCAGAUUGACUGAAGUUAGUCCAUAGAGUUGCUGAGUGAACAUGUAGUUAAUUGUUGCUUCAAACAUCAGGCCACUGCUUGUUAGUCUCCGGCUGCAGGUCUUAACUCAGUCAAAUCACUACCGGCUGAUCACAGCACAUCAGCCUAUUUAGGCUGCGUUCUGUUCUGCUUCUAUUUUCGGACGUGUCCAGUUACAGACUCGAAUCUUCACAUUGAGUUGCGGAUACUGUCAUAAAUCAGCGUGCUUGUUAUGAAGCUGCUUUGAGUUAAUUAAAUAAUAGUUUUCACUCCCUUAAAGUGCCUGAAAAGACCUAUUAUUGGCAAAGGAAAGAGAAGGUAGCGCUGCUGGUCUCAGGUCGGAUCCCAGCAAACAGCAAACAGGGACAACUGUUGUCAUUCUAAUAAACUGCCAGCUGCAUCGGCUUAUUAGGAACAUUCAAUCACGGUGAAGGACAUCUUGCGGUUGAAAUUUAAAUUCAUAGUUAUUUGUUUGACAAAAAAGUUUUCAGAAAUAAACGAGCUGAAAAUGACUGAAUUUACUGUUCUUAUUUUAUUAUCAGCUUAUUCAUAGUGAGAAUCCGACGAAGAAGAGGAAGAAAGAAGAAGAAGAAGAAAAAACUUUUCUCCGCUAGAAUGAAUUCAGAGAAAUAAGUAGACACGGCUACUAAUGCUCUUUUUGAUAAGUGAUUAAUAAAACCGCUAAAUAAAAAAUAUUUAAAAUAAUACUCAGGGCAUCUAUUGUUUUUUUCUACUUAAAUAAGUGCUAUUUUUAUUUGAUUAAAAUCGACGGAGUCAUUAUUUUUGUUAUUUCCGAAAGAAAAAUAAAUAAAUAAAUGUUAAAAUGUAUAAUAUUAUAUGAUGAAUACUUUUUCAUGCUCCGCUCUGUUAGAAUCAUGUGAUACAUUUUUCCCUUCAUCUUCAUUUGUUUUAUUAACUUGUCAGCCAGUGGUUCAGAGAGAGAGAAAGUGAGGGGGAGAGAGAUGACUCCAAAGGCUGAAAUUUAAAUGUCUUGACAGUGUUUAUUUAAUAAAUGGCGCCUCCUUCUGGAGGAACGCUGUAUCUGUUUCUUCAUCUGCCACACAUAUGAAGACCUGAACUUGACAAAAUGGCUUGCGCAGCAGACAGCUGCAUACAAUUCACGCGCCAUGCAAGUGACGUCCUGCUCAACCUGAAUCGACUGCGGAGCAGAGAUAUUCUCACGGACGUCACUAUCUUGGUUAACAGGCAGCAGUUUCGUGCACACAAGACUGUUCUCAUGGCUUGCAGUGGGCUGUUUUACAGCAUCUUUACUGACUCCCACAAGUGCAACCUUAACGCCAUCAGUCUGGACCCAAAGGUGGACCCAGAGGGCUUCGCCAUCCUGCUGGAGUUCAUGUACACGUCCCGUCUCACGCUAAAGGAGAGUCUGAUCAUGGCGAUCAUGAACACGGCCAUCUACCUGCAGAUGGACCAUGUUGUGGACACCUGCCACAGAUUCAUCAAAUCCAGUGAUCCAUCUGCCAAGCUGCCCAGAGAUGAGUUCCUGGUCAGUCCCUUGGUGUUACCUCAGGAUGUCCAUGCUUACCGGCCCCAUGAUGUUGUUGACAGUUUGCACAGCCGCGUAGCUCCGUUCAGGGACGGGAGACCCUACGGCUCCAACAUGUUCAACGGGGUCAGCACCCCCAGCAACUACCAUCUCUACGGGCAGUUUCCCAUGCCAGGAUUCCCUUUCCCUCUCUGCAAGCUGACUGAUGCCAAAAAUGCUUUUGCUGACCUCUCUAAGAGUGCUAUCCACCACAAGCAUUGUUCUCCGCAUGACGGCGCCAACAUCAUCAGGGCAGAAUACACCAGGGCGGUUGGCACCAGCUCCUCCAGCAUUAUUCACUCCACCACCUACGCUUCCAGGGAGGCAGGGCGAGACGAUGAGAUGCGGAAGGAAAGCCACGAGGGGGUCAGCCAGUCCAUCGCUCUCGGCGCGAGGAAGCGCGCGUUUCCUGCGCUGGCCCUCGAGCACCAGAGAGACUCUGGGAAAGAUCACGCUCCUCAGGCGGAGGAAGACCUGAUCCACCACCACUACCCGCUGGGAAUCUCCUCGGCCGGACGCAAGAGCCUCAUGAGCAGCCCGCAGAGCCCCCUCAAAUCAGACUGCCAGCCCAACUCCCCAACGGAGUCCAGCAGUAGCAAAAACGCCGGCCUCUCUUCCCAAGCCGCCGCGGCGCAAGCCCCGCAAGGCACGCAGGACCCCAAGUCUCGCAACUGGAAGAAGUACAAGUUCAUCGUGCUGAAUCAGAGCGCCAAGGAAGAGGAGUCGGGGCUGCUCCGUUCGCCUCAGCGCCUCGGCCUGCAGCCCUACCUCCAUCCUAGUGACUCGGAGAACCUCGACCCGCAAACCACGAGCAAGAGCAGUGAUCACAGCGAGGACCUACCCGUGCCCCAGGCCAGUCGUCUCAACAACAUCAUUAACAGUGCACUGGAGGGGUCGCUGAGGAACGGUGACAGCCACCCUCCGCACUACUUGAGCCGCCUGAACUGCUCAUCCUGCGGCACACCGUCCCCACAGCACUCAGAAGUGUGUCCCAACACCUCCAGGUCCCGUCUAGCAGAGGACAUGGCAGAGCUGCACUCGGAAUACUCAGACUCCAGUUGUGAAAACGGCACAUUCUUCUGUAACGAAUGUGACUCCAAGUUCGCUGAAGACGAAGCGCUGAAACAACACAUGCUCCAAGUGCACAGCGACAAGCCAUACAAGUGCGACCGCUGCCAGGCUGCUUUCCGCUACAAGGGCAACCUCGCAAGCCACAAGACCGUCCACACGGGAGAGAAGCCGUAUCGCUGUAAUAUCUGUGGUGCUCAGUUUAACAGACCAGCUAACCUCAAGACUCACACUCGCAUCCACUCAGGAGAGAAGCCAUACAAAUGUGAGACGUGCGGAGCUCGUUUUGUACAGGUCGCUCAUCUCCGCGCACAUGUGCUGAUCCACACAGGCGAGAAGCCCUAUCCAUGUGAGAUCUGUGGAACGCGCUUCCGACACCUGCAGACCCUGAAGAGCCACCUGCGCAUACACACGGGAGAGAAGCCCUACCAUUGUGAGAAAUGCAACCUGCACUUCCGUCACAAGAGUCAGCUGCGGCUGCACCUUCGACAGAAGCACGGCGCCAUCACCAACACAAAGAUCCAGUACCGCAUGUCGACGGCGGACAUGCCCACUGACUUGACGAAGGCGUGCUGAGCUGGGAGAACGGUUUUAACGGAGGCAAUCUUGACCUUGGCAUUUAAAAGACCCCAACUUGUACAAUCAUCCAAAAUUGUAGUGCCACACUGUGUUCAUUAGACAAAUUGGCUGUGUAUGCCAUUCUAAACGGGUUUCCACUACAUGUGAACGUAGAGCCACUUACGGCGUCUUAGUCACUUUAUUGUUUCUAUAUAGAUAUGAAUAUAUAUAUAUAUGUAUGUUGGGAGUGUUUCUAAGCUUUGAAGGUACGUAUAUAAAGCUUUAUUUUGUUGAGAAGGAUGGAAUGUAAACUAUCUGUUUUUUGAAAAUACAGUAUUUUAUAUCAGAGAACUUACUUUUCUGAAAGUAUUGAAAAUUUUGAUCAACGGGUGGUACAUAUAUUUUAAGAUUUGCGGCUGUAUAGAGCUGUCUAUACAUUUUUACGUAGAUGUACGUACAUGUUGCACCAUGUCAAGUUGCCAUAUUCAUGUGAAGAGGAGGAAAAAAUGAUUGGAUUUAGUCUAAAACAUAUCAGAUGACUGCUGCUGUCUGAUGAGGUUAUGCAUGAGGUACCAGUUGUCGGUGCACAUAAAGUAGGCAACUGCAUAAAUAUUGUGACAUAUUGUGUAAUUAUUCUAUCUGUGGGAUUGCUCUCUGCUGGCAGAGCCAAUCUUAAGUGUUGAGAUGCAUUUCAAGGUACGGCUUUGUUAUGACCGAAAAAAUAUUUUGCUUUAAAUGUAUUUGUAUAGAUGUGACUUUUUUGUUUUUUAUUUCCACAAGUGAAGGUUUACAGUUUUUGCUCAUUGUUCUAGCUCCUACAGUAAAGUCGUGUACGUGUUGAGGUUUUUGUUUGUACAUACACUGUGUAUUCAAUGUGCCUUUCUCUACGGUGUCUGAAUCCCUCCCCGUUCAGCCCAGCUCCAUUAAGGUACAACUCAAGGACAAUACUUGUCCUAUACCCCCCCCCCCCCCCCCCCCCCCCCCACCUCCCUUCCUUUCAGUGUGUGUGAGAUGGUAUGUAUAUAUUUUUAAAUGCUUGUCACCAACCUUAAAACAUGCAACUUCAUCAUUGUAAAUCUUCAGGACUUGUUUUUGGAUUGGGCUUUUUUAACUGCAUUAAACUUAUUGUACAAUGUUAUAGAUGUAUGAAUGUAAAAUAAAGGUAUUGGAUUUCUAUGUAUUAA